UAUUGCCUCUUUCGUUUCUCCCUACUUCCGAUUGAUUUACAGCUCUUAUCUUUCUCACUCUUUGACUCGACCACAGCCGGUCAUGACACGUUCUUCUUCGUCUGAAAUUGCACGCCGCGAUCUUUGAAUUUCGGUUUGUUUGCGUUGAAGUCUUCUUCUUCUCUUUCUCUUUCUCUUUUAAUCAUUCGUCUCCUCCUCUAUUCUACUCUACGUUUUUCUUUUCAAAUCAGCAGCACUCAUUUUGUUGUUGCGCUAGUAACUCAUCUCUACCUGUUGAUUCGUUAUUGAAACAACAAAAAGAGGUCUUUCUUACAAAUAUUAAGACACAAUGCGUGCACCAUCACUUCUUGCACAGUGCUUGCCUGGCUUACUACUACCCCAUGACCAGGGGAGUCACACUUUGCCUUCCAUUUCUGAUAGAUAUAUGAAUAUUUCCUCACCAGCUGUGGAGAUUGUCCCAUCAAAGAUGGCUCAUCCUUACAAAUAUGCAGGAGAGAGUAUUGAUAUACAUGGAUUCAAUGUCUUCAAGGGACGGGUUAGUGUUGCGGACCUAAUUGGGUUAGCUGGUUCAGAAAUUACACCUUCAAAACCUGAUGGAUCUGUUAAAUUGUCGGAAAGCUCAAUUGAUCUUGUUAACGUCCUUAAACAUGAGAUUCGAGAUGGACAGUUGAGCUUUAGAGGGAAAAGGGUGCUUGAGCUGAGCUGCAGCUAUGGUCUUCCCGGGAUUUUUGCUUGUCUGAAGGGAGCUGCGACAGUUCACUUUCAAGACCUUAAUGCAGAAAAUAUAAGAUGCACAACCAUCCCGAAUGUGAUGGCUAAUCUUGAGCAGGCUCGGGAAAGACAAAGCAGACAGCCUGAAAGUCCUUUGACUCCGUCAAGGCAAAAUCUCACCCCAACAGUGCACUUCUUUGCUGGAGGAUGGGAAGAACUUCCUACGGUUCUAUCUGUUGUAAGGAAUGAGUCAUAUGAAGUUCCAACUGCUCCAAGCUUGAGCUUCUCUGAGGAGGAUUUCAUGGAUGCUUGUAGCAGCCAAGAUGGAAGCAUUGUUGCGAACGAAUCUUCUUCAAGGCGUUCUCGGAAGCUGUCCAGAAGCAGGGCGUGGGAGAGGGCUUGUGAGACAGACCAAGAUGAAGAUGGAUAUGAUGUUAUGUUGAUGACAGAGAUACCCUGUUCCUUAACAUCUUUGAAGAAGAUAUAUGUCCUCAUCAAAAAGUGCUUGAAGCCUCCUUAUGGGAUCUUAUUUGUGGGGAUGAGAAAGAACUAUGUGGGGUUUAACAGUGCAGCGCGGCAGCUAAGAAGCUUGGUGGAUGAAGAAGGAAUUUUGGGAGCUCAUCUAGUGAAAGAGACAACAGACAGAGAGAUUUGGAAAUUCUUCUUGAGAUGAAGAAAAUCAUUGAUUGUUGCCUUGGAUUCUUGCUGGUGAUUGAUUUCUACUUUCUGGUAUGUGGAAAAAUACUUGCGGUAAAAUUCAUUUGUUCUUCGUCUCUUGGAAUAUCGAUAUUCGAUAUAAUGCCUGAGAAAAAGAAAUGCAGUAGAAAAGAAAGUUUUAAUUGCUU